GAUUAUCCAAUAGUUAUGAUAUCAGAAAACAAGAAUUUAAAACGGUUUUACCUUGGUGAAGAUGUUGAUUUGACCUGUGACGUAGACAGCAAUCCCCUGUCAACACUUUCGUGGCACAAUCAUACGGGCGUAAUUGAUGAGAUAUUCGGAGCAAAAAGAAUUGACCUUCAUUUGAGAAAUGUUUCAAUCGACCAUUCCCAGACAUAUAGUUGCAAGGCCCAUAAUGGAAUAGGUGGAAUUGUAACAAGAAAUAUAUCGCUUAUUGUGAAAGAUCCAUCUGAAAGACCAGUAACGGAAGCAAUCAAACCAUCGGCGGAGUCAAACAUCUCCUCAGUCGUAGGGCCUGUAAUUGGCUGUUUAUUUUUUGCGAUACUUAUAGCAGUUAUUGUGGCUCUUAUUAUACGUAUGAAACGACAGAAUGAACCAUUAAAGAAGAGGAACAUUCAUGAAAUUAAAAUUGAAGAAAGAAAACCAAGUUUACAUCCGACUGGAAACGAUACUGAAAUGCAGGCCGGGUAUGAGUCAUUGGCAGGACAGGACACUACUACGGAAAUAGAAAUAUAUACAGAUUUAGAUACUGAAAUGCAGGGCGGGUACGAGUCAUUAGCAGGGCAGGGAACUACUACUGAAAUAGAAAUGUAUACAAAUUUAGAUGAUGAUAUGCAGGCAAGGUAUGAGUCAUUGGCAGGACAGGAUACUACUACGGAAAAAGGAAUGUAUACAAAUUUAGAUACUGAAAUGCACCCGGGUAUGAGUCAUUGGCAGGUCAGGGCUUUACUUCGGAAACAGAAAUGUAUACAAAUUUAGCAGAAAGCCAAACGACCACAGAAUUACCUGCCGAGUAUGAUGAUUCAGAAUUGUGAAUUGGAUUUAUUUAGUUGACUAUUAUAGAUAAAGAAGUGGAAGAAGUAUAUUGUAAUAUAGACAAAAUGGAUUUUAAGAUCGUGAUUAAUAUACAAAACUGUACUUAUAGUUGUCUCUGUUUUUAUAAAAAAAACGAAACAAAGAAAUAAUGUUGUACCUAUGAUGCAGUGCAUGCGAUAAAACAUCAUAUUAGUUUUCUGUAAAAGCUUUCGUAAAAUUACGAGAUAUAAAUAUUAUUUAAUGUAAUUUAAAAUGUUCGAGGCCAAUAAUAGCAGCUCGAGCUUACAUUUAUGCACGGUUGUGUAAAAUAUACAAUUGUGUGCAUAUAAUAUUAUUAUGAAACGUAACGUAAGAAUUAUGCAUUACUGUUCUUUAAUAUAGAAAGUCAAACAAAAUAAUUUUUUUGCUAAUGUCGUCAUUUUACGAGAACGUUUAAAUAUUCAAUACAUAUAAAUGCACUGGUAAUAAAUGCUUUGUUUUGAAUUUGGAUUUUGCAUAUCGUCGGUGUCAAUAUUAAACCUCGUAGCUUCACAAUACAAACUUUUCAGGAGAGGAAAAAAACAUCUUAGUUUUUUAGUUUUAUGUUCUAGAAUUUGAAACUUUGAAAUAAUAUCAAAGAAAUAAAAAUACAAAAUGUUGUAUAAGCACUUAGGGUGAAUGUCAUACCAAUCUUCUGUAACGAUAGUAACGACAUUUCAUCCUAAAAGUUUUUUUUUUCUUUUUCAAAGCUACGACAAUGCAUCUUUCAUUGAAAACACUAAACAACAGUUUCGGUUUAGUUUUGCAGGAAUUGUGAUGCGUGAAUACUUUAUACUUGAAUAUUAACAAUUCUAAUUGAACAAAACGAGUAUCUUUUAGCAAAUAUUAUUUUUAGUCUUUGCAAACAGUUUAAUGGCAUGGUUUUGCUUGAAACAAGUGUAGUAUCAAAUUAAGCAUGGGACAAAAAGAUUAAAGGCAAACAUUUGUAUAUCGGUACUAGCGUAUGUUGUUUAGAAUUGGUUAAUACUAGUGCUUAGUACAGGCCCAUGUUUUGAACCUAUGAAAAAGGUGAAGGCAAACAAUAUUUAAAUUGUGUUGCUAAAUAAUCACAAAGAAUUAUGCAAUCUUGUAACUUUAUUAUCAACUUGGUUAGUUUUACCAAUGCUUUAACUGAAUGAUAAUACCAUGUAACUUGACAAACUAACAAUAAAAUAACUGUAACAAUAUAACUGAAAUGCUUUCCUAAUACCAUACAUGUAUUACUUUUACCAUAAUUUUAUUAAAUUUUUAAAAGUUUGCUACAAUCAUGUUUAUCAAUGAGUCAAACUAACAUUCUCAUGUAUUAUGACCUUAAGCGCAAAUGAUUAUUAUGUAUUUGCAAAAGGACUGACAUUUGAAAAUCCACUUUAAAAUUUAUAUGUUACUCGAUUGAAUUACCAAUGCUUUAACUGAAUAGUAAUACAAUUUAACAACAGAAAACUCUAAACAAUAUAACUAAUUUUUUAAAUGAAAUCCUGUUCCCUUGAUACCAUACAUUUUAUACUUUUAUUAUAAUUUAAAGAAGAUUUUUAAAGGUUUGCUACAUUCAUGUUUAUCAAUGAGUCAAACUUACAUUCUCAUGUUUCAUAAAUUUAAGCGCAAACAAUUUUAUGCAGUUAUUUGAAGAUCCACUUUAAAAUUUAUAUGUAAUAACUUGGAUUACUAUACCAAUUAUUAAUUAACAAUAACAACUCAAACAAUAUAUUAACUGAAAUGCUAUCCUGAUAUCAUGAUACCAUACAUGUAUUACUUUUACCAUGAUUUUAUAAAAAUUUCAAUAAAUUGGUACAUUUGAAAAUUCUCAACUUGACAAACUAACAAUAAUAAAUUAAAACAACUAUAUCCAUAUACCAUACAUGUAUUAGUUUUAUCAUAAAUGUAUUAAAUUUUCAAAAGUUUGCUACAUUCAUGUUUAUCAAUGAGUCAAAUCAACAUUCUCAUGUAUCGUGAAUUUCAGCGCAAAUGAUUUUAUGCAUUUACAAGGAAACUAGCAUUUAGAAAUCAACUUUAAAACUCAUUUUGUUGUAUUUAAGUCACUGAUUGAUUCCGGCAACAUAAUCUGAUGUAUUACUUUGUACUGACAGGCAGAUUGUCAUAAAAUGAGUGAUAGUCAAUGGGAAGAACAGUUUUAAUCUCUUGUAGGUGUUUAUAUUUGCUCUGUUUCAGUGGUAAUUUCCCAGAAUACAAGUGUGAGGGUUUCUGUUUCAGAUAACGCUUGUUUGUCCUUCUCGCAGGCAAUUCUCAUAAUCUGUCUUAAAAGAAAUUGUACCAUCUACAGAGUACAGUAGUACUCUGAUAUCAUUAACUGUUUUUGAGUCAACUCCGAUUCCAAGACUAAUCGAUAUAUACUCAUUUUGCUCACUAUAGUCAGAGAAAAACGAAUAGUCAAGAUACUUCACUUGGUGCGGCUUUAUUUUUCGAGCUAAUUGUAUAUGGUUUACGUAAUCAUUUGGAACAUUUAUGUUUCUAUGUCGAAUCUGAGGCUCAAUAACGCUAUGCAUGGAAUCGCACUCUAUAUACGUGUGUCCUUUUUCCAAGUACUUGUGUUCAAUAACAAUAUGUUUAUUUUUUGCAAAAUUUGAAAGAGCAUUUGAAAGGUUAACGUUUCUGUUUUGAUAGCCACAUCCAUUUGUGUAUAUAAUAACAUUUUCUGUUUUCCCAGGUACAUGUUCUUCUAGAUAGUUAAUUAUGCAUGAUGUGAAAUCAUUAGCAGUAAGUUCUCCAGCUACCUCGAGCCAGAAAUAACAGACUGCAUCCCGUUAAACUAGAUUAAAUAUGGUGUAGUUGUGGCAAGAUAGUUUAGUCUUGCAGUAUAGACAACUUGCAUUCAGUUUUGUGCAUAAGAGAAGACUUUGUAAGUCUGCUGUUAUUAUUACUAUUUUACCGUUGCUGUCAGAUGCGAUUUGUUUAAAUAUCCUCUACUUUAGAAAGGUUUGCCUCAUUUUUAUUUUUCUUUCUUAUGUGUUCUACAUGAUCACUUUCGCUAACUGUUCCUGCAUUAAAGCCUGUGCAUGUAUCACACAAGUCUUUUUCAAGCUUGUAAAUACUUAUAUUCAUGCAAUUAAACGAAUCCAUGAAUAACGUUCGACUCACCGCUUCUGUUGACUCAGCUUGACAAAACGUUUAUACUCCGUAUAUAGCUCUGUAAAACUUGAGAAUGUCGGCUCAAUGUACUCCUUACUAGAUGUGGACCUACAAUAAUGGGAAGGAACUUUUGGUAGAUUGCGUAAGAAUUGCCUUGCAAAUUCCUUUUCUGCCGACUUAUUAUUACGUGGUAUUAUGGUUUGUUUUGGAGAAGGCAUACCAGCAGCAUCUGAAUCUUUAAUCCAUUGAUACAUCAUUCUUUCGCCAAUUCCUAGCGUAGCCAAAAUCAUUUCUUUGCAAACUACAAAUCUAUUGUCAGCAAUUCUAAGAAAAUACUUAUAAGAAUAUUCUCUCCUUUUGUGGUUAUCAGGUGUUUUCACAAUUUCAAUCAAACUCGUUACAUAGACCCUUUUCUCCGGCCAACUCAUAUUGUACAAAAACCUCGAAAAAAUCGCUUGCCUCUCUAGCUCUGAAAUAUCCAUACAUCUUCUCCCUUUUUUAUAACUCCGACAUUUUUUACCACAAUUACUUUUGGUUAAAAUUCUGUCAUGCUUUUCAACAACAUAUUCGUUUUUCCCCAUUUCAUUUUUCUUCUGGCCAAGAUAUUUUAAUCCAUGUUCUCGGAGUUUUUUUAUUUCUCUUACCUACAUGCUUUGUGGAUUGAAUUUGGUUUCGCAGCGAUAGUUUUUCAUUUGAUUCUACUAUUUCUUCAUGGUCGAUACGAUUGACAAAAUCCAGAAAAUAGAUAAAUACAGAAUCCCUAAAGAAAGCCCAACACGGCAAAAUUGAAAAUGUUGCAGGCUCGGUUUGAUUGAGUCUGUUCAAGCCUAUUUUAUCUGCAGAGUGUUCAGUUGCUUCAUGAAUAAAAGACUCAGUCAGUUCAAGAUUCACUUCUGUUUCAAUACCAAUUAUAGUACUACACUCAACAUCACUUAUCUCAGUAAUCAACUGACUCGGCAAUUAAUUUUCAGUUUUGUUCAUUCCUGAGCUGUUAACAAUAUUACUGAGCUGUUCCACAACUUUUGUUGGAAUCAAGUCUUCAUUUUGUUCUAUAGGUGUUUUAUCUGACACUAAUUGUGCAUUUGCUUCAUUUAAGUCUCGUACUUUAGUAGGAACCACACAUUCCGUUUCUGUUAUUUCUAAAGAAGAAUCACUUGAAUAGUUUGAAUCUAGCACAGCUUCAUUACAGUAUAGAAACUCACCACUUACAAUACUUUCAAAGCUAAACUUUCUCUUUUUUCUAAGAGGCACAUAAUCAGGAUCAUAUAGAACAUCAUCGUAUUUGGGUCCUCAGAGUUAUUGUUUUCAUCUACAAGUUGAGGUAUCUGUUUUAAUGAUGACUCAUCUGGAUUAUCACUUUGAGAAUUGCUUGGCAUUUUAUCUAUUUUUUCAUUCACAGAAUUACUGUUUUUGUGUCAAUAUAUUGUUGUUUCUUGUCAAGGUUUGAUAUCGAUUGACCACUACUCAUAGGUUUGUCUUGGUUUACACCUUUUACUUUUGUUAACACAUUCAAGUCAAGUCCCUUUUCUAAUGAAAGCUGAACCAGGCGUUUUCCUCUGGAGAACAUUUUUAUUGCCUUUGUACAUUGAGUGUUUUAAUAUCACAGUCUAUCCACCUGUCCUUCAGUUGGUUAAUAGAUCUUUCACUUUCAUUUGAAUCAAAAGAAACUUGGAUAUAGUGCAUUUCCAUGUUUAGAAUUGUAUCACAUUGUUCGACAGUCAUAAUAAUUUCUGACGCAUCUAGAACUAAUAACUCUAGUGAGGUGCCUAUAUCGACAACAGUAGAUGCCUUCACAUUUGUAUAUGAAAGAUACAGUUUAUGAAGCGUUUGAACUCCGGAUAUAACUCUAAAGUCAUUGUCAACAAGAUUAUCACACUCUGAAACAUUCAAAAUUUCAAGCCUAGGCAAGUAUUUUAAAAAGCACAAGGUGGAUAUCUUGCUCGCACUAACAUGUAACCAGUUUAGAUUUUUAGCGAUACAUAUAUUUGUUGUGAACAGAAAGUCAAGUUCAUCACUUCGACAGAAAAUUUCUGCGAAUGGUAACAAUAAUGUUUUUAUUCCAAACGAAUGUUUUAGAAUUCGCUUGAGGAUUCCAAUGUUGCCAAAAACUGGACAAUCAAGAUCUAUUUCUUCCCAGAGGGAGAUGUAGUGCUCAAUUAUAUAAUUCAAAAGUUUACAUGUUCUAUUAACAGAUAACAGCAGUUCCUUCAUUGGUAUUUUUGAAAGUAUAUUGACUAAUAUAUGCUCUGGUAAUAGAAGCAAGUUUGAUACAGGCAUAUCCAUACAUAUUGAGAAAUCUCGUACCUUCAACAAAACGAAAACAGUUUUUAGCAUUUGUCGGGGAUGAAAUGACGUAGCGAUUUCCGAAAAGACGUAGCAUAAAACAUACAUUACAAUUAUUCAGAAGGAAAUGACGUAGCUUAUAAACAUGCAUGGUUGUAUCAUAUUUCGUUUAUUUUACAGAUAAAAAUAACUUUCAAUGUGAAUGCUUAACUACUGCGCAUAUCACAACCGAUAAAUAAUUUGCAAUUUCAGCAAAACUCAGAAAAGUAAACAACAUGAUAAGUGUUUUUGGUAUUGUUUUGUCUUGAAAAAUAAAUGUCUUUUUCUCAACAAUAUUGUCUUUUAAAUGCAACAUUAAUGUUUUGUAUGUGAUAAAAUGUAAGAGUAAACCUUAAAAAUAACUUAAAAUUUAUAAGAUAACCAGUAAAAUGCAUAAAAAAUAUGUUCAUUCAGAGCAGCAAAAUGUCUUGUUGUUACAAUCGUUACGUCUUUUCCUCUGACAAAAUGUGGGACCAACCCAACUACAACAAUUAUUUUGGGUUUUGAUUGGCGUAGAGGAACAAAAUAUAGACCAAAAUACGCGCAAGUUUUCAUACA